AUGAGCGAAACAGCUCGCCUGAAAAGCACCGUCUAUGUGGGGGGUCUCGACCAGGCCGUGACCGUCCAUACUCUGGCGGAGGCUUUUGUCCCCUUCGGCGAAGUCGUUGAUAUCACGCUCCCCAAACCCGACGUUCCCGGUUCGGCGGAACUGCAUCGCGGAUUCGGCUAUGUGGAGUUUGACCUGCCUCAAGAUGCGAAGGAAGCGAUCGAUAACAUGGAUGGAAGCGAGCUUUACGGGCGCACGAUAAAGGUUGCUGCGGCCAAGCCACAGAAGGAUAGCAAUGAAGGAUUGGGUAGCAAGACAGCGAUCUGGGAACAGGAGGGCUACUUGGCCAAAUACGCAGUUAGUGAGGAGGAUAAGCUUGCGGAAGAGCAGGCUAGAAUGGCAGCAAGCGACCGUCCUCAAGACCCAAUGCAAGGACUGGAAGAGCUGGAUGUUGCAGGACCUAAGCCCGAAUAA